CCCUUUGCUUUUUUUAGGCGAGCCACGGACGGUGCCGCCACGGCGUGACGACAUCCAGUGGUCGUGUGCUUUCUCUUCACAUGUCGUUGUUGUUGUUAUUGUUGAUAUUCAUCCUUGUUGUUACCCGCUUCACACAUUCGAUUUUCAGGGGGGUUAACCAACUAUCCAUCCGUCUUGGACUUCUAGAUUUGGCUCUACCGAGGCUCAUGACCUAGCCUCAUAGACGUUAUUCUCCUAUUUUACACAGCUUCACUGUACAUGUUACUGUGCCGCCAUGAGCCACCCGUCUCAGAGUCCACCAUCUCCUGCUGCAACUGGGCUCCCAUCAUCCUUGCGCCUCCAGCUUCCCACAGCCCGGUUAGCUCCAAACUCAAAGGGCUGGAAGAGGAUCGAAAGUCGCAUCCCUCCAUUAUUGCGGCCUCUCGUGCGCGCCUAUCUCUUGGGCUAUGUGUCUUCGGUUGCCCCGAGAUUGUUCACUUUGAUUUCCAAGCAGGCCCUCAGGUGGAAGGCCGGAAAGAAACAACAGGAUGGUUUUGUCGAGUCCUUUGUAAACAUACUACGCGGUGGUAUGGACUGGCACCGCUUUCCCACCUUUUGCGCUGUCCUGGCCGGUGGUAGCACGUUACUCGAGGUUUUCUUCAAAACUAUACUCGAUCGUUUAGCCGCCACAUUGUCCCAUGUCGCACGAAAACGACUUUCAAGGUCGUUUGCCUCCUUCAUUGCGGCAUGGCUCGGUAUCAAGCUCUUACAGUCAAAGCGGACUCCAGGUUUCACUGAGACCAUAUCCUCACCCACAGUCAUAAGUGUUGAAACACCUUUACCCACAUCAGAUGCCGUUCUCGACCAAAGACAAGAAGUCUCUCCGAAGCAACCCCCAAGGACAGUACACUACGCCGGCCGAACCUUGGACCUCACCCUUUUCGCCGUCACUCGCGCCCUUGACGUGAUUUUUGGGGAGCUCUGGUCCCACUACAAAGCCCGUCGUCAUGGCUCCCCCUCCACCACCGCCAGUAGUAGACUCGUCGAACCCCUCAUAUCCCGCCUUACCGACCCGGCCAUCUUCGCCCUUUCCAGCGCUCUUAUCAUGUGGACCUGGUUCUACCACCCCUCGCGCCUCCCACGGGCCUACAACAAGUGGAUCACCUCCGCCGCUGCCGUCGACAGCCGCCUGAUCGAGGCUCUCCGCCGGUGUCGGGCCGGAUCCCUCGUGUACGGCAAGGACACGGGCCAGGCCCCGCUGCUGGGCAGCAUGUGCAAGGACUACGACUGGCCUGAGGCCUGGGGUGACCCGGCCAAGGCCGUGCCCUUUCCCUGCGAAAUCGUCCACAUGGGCUGCGGCCCGAGCUGCGAGCGGCACGCCCUGUCGAGGUUCGCCCUCUCGUUCAAGUGGGCCUUUACCAUGUACCUGCCGCUCAACUUGCUGCUCGUGCUACGCAAGCCGAACUGGAAGGCGUUGAAGAGGGCGCUGGUCUCGGCGUGUGGGUCGUCGGCUUUUCUGGGCGUCUUCAUCACUCUGUUCUAUUACGGCGUGUGUCUAGCACGCACGAGACUGGGGCCGUACAUUGUGGGAAGAGACGUAAAGGGUUGUCAGAAGAUGGACGGCGGGCUUUGUGUUGGCACUGGGUGUGCUCUGUGCGGAUGGAGCAUCUUGCUGGAGAACGCGGGGAGGAGGAAGGAUAUGGCGCUGUUUGUCGCACCAAGAGCACUGGCUACGUUGUUCCCGAGGAGAUACGACUUGCGGAAGCAGUGGAGGGAGGCGGCCGUGUUCGCUGCCAGUACAGCGGUUGUCUUUACGUGUGCGUUGGAAAAUCCAAAGAGGGUGAGGGGUGUUCUUGGAGGGGUUUUGGCGGGUGUUUUGAAGCCGUGAGGCAGAAAAGUUACAGUGGCAAUGCCUUCUUCGAACAUCGACAAGGGGAACUGGGAAGACGCUCGACAGUGAUGAAUCUACAUACCGCAUACUGCGAUGAUGACCCAGCCGAUCAUAUCGAGAGCGUAGUCGGGAUACUCAGUCUUUGGGUGCCCGGUAAUGUCUUUGCUGCCGACUUUUGCAAGGCCUUUCAACAAGAUCGGAUGAGCACUCCAAGAUUGUGAAGCUCCUGGUCACGAUACCUGGAUUUAAAGAUAUGUAUCAAUGAAUGGUUUUGAACAUGCUCUACUACGUUCACAUAUGCUCGACUGUGCUACAUCGACGGCGAAGUCCACGAAUCGCCCAAACCACUUUCCCAAGGUCCCGUUCAACACCACGCAUGGUUCUUUUCGUGGCAUCCUACUGCAGAAACUUUGCAAUUACCAAAUUACUGAACUGGAUCGGAGUCGACAUAAUGUAUAGUGUACAUGUAUGUAUCUGCCAUCGUCUUCAAGCGCGUAACUCCAUGGAGAUUGUCGGUGAU